AUAGCCGCCCCGUUUCAUGUCUCUUCCCUCCCAUUCAAACAUCCUCCUUCACCCACCCACAGAGUCAACAGCUCCUCCACAAUACGCACAGAGUGCACUAGGGAAUAGGGUUUAGGGUUUAACCUCAACCCUGCAAAAACCCUAGCUCACCACCACCACCACGACGGUCCACCAUGGUGCGCUUCCCUAAACCCUCCACGCCACGCCUCCUCUACACUCUAUACAACUCACCUUACAGGACGACGCCGUCCGCGUCGCCGAAUGCGUCACUCCUCCUGGGGACCUCACACCUCCGGAAUUAUUCGGCGGGAAACCUGGCGCGAGCGAAAGAAGAGAAAGAGCCAUGGUGGAAGGAAUCGAUGGAGAAGCUCCGGAACAUCGGAAUCUCUGCUCACAUAGACUCCGGCAAGACCACGCUCACGGAGCGAGUUCUAUAUUACACUGGAAAGAUCCAUGAGAUCCAUGAAGUUAGAGGGAAAGAUGGGGUUGGUGCUAAAAUGGAUUCCAUGGAUUUGGAGAGAGAGAAAGGAAUUACCAUUCAGUCUGCCGCUACAUACUGUACUUGGAAUGGAUAUCAGAUUAACAUAAUUGACACCCCUGGUCACGUUGAUUUCACCAUUGAGGUUGAGAGGGCUUUGCGUGUUCUUGAUGGUGCCAUUCUUGUGCUUUGUAGUGUUGGUGGCGUGCAGAGUCAGUCAAUUACUGUCGAUCGACAAAUGAGAAGAUAUGAAGUUCCUAGACUUGCAUUUAUUAAUAAACUUGAUAGAAUGGGAGCAGAUCCAUGGAAAGUUCUCAACCAGGCAAGGUCUAAGCUCCGGCAUCACAGUGCGGCCAUGCAAGUACCUAUUGGGCUAGAGGAAGAUUUCAAGGGUCUUGUUGACCUUGUGCAGUUAAAAGCUUACUACUUUCAUGGCUCUAGUGGUGAAAAGGUCGUUACUGAAGAACUUCCUGCAAACAUGGAGGCCUUGGUCACAGAAAAAAGGCGUGAACUAAUUGAGGUUGUUUCUGAAGUUGAUGAUAAACUUGCUGAAGCAUUUCUCAAUGAUGAGCCCAUAUCAUCUACUGAUCUUGAGGAAGCUGUUCGCCGGGCUACAGUUGCAAAGAAAUUUGUACCUGUAUUCAUGGGUAGUGCCUUCAAGAACAAGGGUGUACAACCACUUUUGAAUGGGGUGCUUAGUUAUUUGCCUUGUCCAUCGGAAGUUAGUAACUAUGCUCUUGACCAGACAAAGAAUGAAGAGAAGGUUACAUUGACUGGAACUCCAGAUGGACCUCUUGUGGCAUUGGCCUUUAAAUUGGAAGAAGGACGUUUCGGUCAGUUAACUUAUCUAAGAAUCUACGAAGGUGUCAUUCGCAAGGGUGAUUUUAUCAUCAAUGUGAACACAGGCAAGAAAAUCAAGGUUCCUCGCUUGGUUCGGAUGCAUUCUGAUGAGAUGGAGGAUAUUCAAGAGGCACAUGCUGGGCAAAUAGUUGCUGUAUUUGGUGUGGAUUGUGCAUCAGGAGAUACUUUCACUGAUGGAUCAGUGAGAUAUACCAUGACUUCUAUGAAUGUCCCAGAACCAGUGAUGUCAUUAGCUAUUCAACCAGUUUCAAAAGAUUCUGGAGGACAAUUUUCAAAGGCUUUAAAUCGCUUUCAGAGAGAGGAUCCUACUUUCCGUGUUGGCUUGGAUCCUGAGAGUGGGCAGACAAUCAUUUCCGGAAUGGGAGAGCUGCAUUUGGACAUAUAUGUUGAACGGAUUCGCAGAGAGUAUAAGGUUGAUGCUAAUGUAGGAAAACCUCGUGUAAACUUCAGAGAGACUGUCACUCAACGGGCUGAAUUCGAUUAUUUACAUAAGAAGCAAACUGGAGGACAAGGUCAAUAUGGACGGGUAUGCGGAUAUGUUGAACCACUUCCUCCAGGGUCACCGGUCAAGUUUGAAUUUGAAAACAUGAUUGUGGGACAAGCUAUACCAUCAAAUUUUAUCCCAGCUAUUGAGAAGGGUUUCAAAGAAGCAGCCAACUCGGGCUCAUUAAUUGGACACCCAGUUGAAAAUAUACGUGUUGUUAUAACUGAUGGUGCUUCCCACGCUGUGGAUUCCAGUGAACUUGCAUUUAAGUUAGCUGCAAUUUAUGCAUUUAGAAAGUGCUAUGAAGCAGCAAGACCUGUAAUACUGGAGCCUGUAAUGUUGGUGGAGUUGAAAGUACCUAUAGAAUUUCAGGGUACUGUUGCUGGUGAUAUUAAUAAGAGAAAAGGUGUGAUUGUUGGAAAUGAUCAGGAUGGAGAUGAUUCUGUUAUAACUGCCCAUGUGCCUCUGAACAAUAUGUUUGGAUACUCAACGGCCCUUCGUUCGAUGACACAAGGGAAAGGCGAGUUCACGAUGGAGUACAAAGAGCAUCUGCCAGUUUCUCACGAUGUGCAGAUGCAACUGGUAAACAGCUACAAGGGCAGUAAGGUCGCUGAAUAGUUGGUGUUUGGACGAAGAAUUUUCUUUCCUUUUGCAUAAAGUCAUGCAUUUGUCCUCAUUAUAUAUUCUUUUAGUUUUCAAUUUUAUUAUUGCUUAUAUAGGCAAAAAUUUUGAUACGUUCUGUAAUCCAUAAAAUUUUGAAAGCAUCAAUAAGUUCAUGUUGCCCAUGUUUUGGGCUAAGAUAAUGUAUCAAUUCAAUCUUACUAUAUUUUCGUCUUUGCUCCUCA